UGAGAAGCGUGUACCGAAAAGAAUUGGCUAAAAUAAAUAAAUCGAUUCGAUCUGGGGCUGGAGAAGACGAAAUAUACAAGCCAUCUCUCUGGUAUUUUGAUUUGUUACAUUUCCUGAAUGAUCAGGAUACACCAAGGCAGUCUAGGAAUACCAUGGAGGAAAAUGAAGACUCGCAAAUUGACGAUCCGCCAGAACAGGUCAGAAAAAAAGUAUAAAACAAUUGGGCAAACUCCGGCAGUUUCACGCAUCAUCCCACAGGAAGGUGAACAACAUCAACAGACACACGCCAGUCAAGGCCUUGCCCACUCUUCCGCUGCAAACUACAUGUCAACAAUUCAACCCAACUGAAGUACUAGCGUGCAUUUUCGUUCAGCUUAGCCUAACUUUUGUGAAACACUAAUGUUACUUUUAAGGUUCAUAUAAAUCUUUUAUAGACAAUAGCAUUAUGGUAUUAUCAAUAUUGUUAUAUGAUUGUAAUUAGCAAUGCUUAAUAAUAAAAUAAACAAUUAAAUAAAUAAUUAAAUAAAUUUUUACUUACCUUCAAGUACUCAUUCUUCAGCACCUUGUAGAUAGCUUCACAUGUUUCGGGAAUGAUUUCACUUAACGCUUGUUUCGAUAUAAUUGCUGUGAAUUCCAGGUCUUUGUAAC